AUGUUGCGCAGACUGAGGCUGUCUUAUAUCACCGAAACCACCACUGAAAGGGUGACCAUGACACAGCUCAGGACCAUUCUGCAGACUCCUGCAGCCGUGGCUCCAGUCGCUGCUGAGCCUGUUACUGUUACUAUCAACGCAGAGCCUGUAACUGUCUACGAGACCAAGACCGAGGUUAUUAACCAAGUCGAGACUCAGUUUGUCACUCAAGUUCAGGUUGAGACUCAAUACGUUACUCAGGUCGACGUUCAGAUCGUCACCGAAGUGGCUCCAGCUCCACCUGCUGUUACCAUCAAAGAACCUAUUACCAUCAUCGAGGUCGAGCCCGUCACCGUUAACCAGGUCAUCACCGAGACAGUGCACAUCCCUGGAGAAGCACCAGCUCCCGUUACUAUAACUGUUCCUGGAGAAGGAGCUGACCCUAUUACUAUCAUCCACACCGUGCAGGCCCCUCAGGCCCCUAGCGCUCCUGUUGGACAAGUCCCAGGGCCAGGCGUUACCACGAUCCCGAUUCCCGAAAGCUCUCUGCCCAGGACGACACUUGCAUCAGACCCGUAUGCCGUUGUCGGGCCUAUCAUAACCCAGAGCAUCACUCCCAAGCUCCCUACCAGUGCCCUCGAAGCACCUGCGACUGGGCCUUCCACCAGCCCUGUUGAACAACCUAUCGAACAGCCUGCCCCAGCACCUCCUACCAGCGCUGCUGAGGAGCCCGUUGCACAACCUUCUACCAGUGCUGUCAACGAGCCUGUGUCACAGCCUUCCACCACUGCUAUCGAAGAGCCUACGACACAGCCGUCUACCACAGCCGUUGAAGAGCCCAAAGCUGAAGCCACCUCCAGCCAAGCAGAGCCUACCAUUGAACCGACUCCUACCCAGGAGGAGUCUGAGGGUGACACUCCUACCAUGUCCCCUUCGAUGGAUCUCGGCAACGUGGGACCUGACACCACAGGAGCUAUCGCUGCGCCUGUCCUAGACGGAACCAGGCCCACAACCGCCAAUUCUGGAAAUGCUCCUUCACAGACCCGAGCUCCCAUCGAUCUCUCCGACCCGUCGAAACUCAGCAGUGUCCUCGACUUGGGCAACUUGGGUGGAGGAGCAGGGCCACUCAAGGCUCGUGCCACGGGUGCUCCGUGA